AUGACGAAGAUAUCUGCUCUCUGGACUCGUAUUGCCUCUGGCGAUCGCCUUCGCCGGUCUUCUCAGGCGGUGUCGGUUCUCGGUGGCCGCGCUUACGUCUUUGGGGGCGAGCUUGUCCCCAGAGAGCCAGUCGACAACCAGGUUGACGUCGUAGAGCUGAAAGAUCCUCAAGGAUCAGCAGAUAUUCGUACGAUCCCGGUUCCUGCUACAGCCGCUUCCCCGCGCGUCGGGUCUCCGAGCACCGUCUUGGACGAUGCGCUAUACAUCUUCUCCGGUCGCGGUGGCCUCGCAAUGAAACCUAUCGAGGAGAAUGGCUGCGUGUGGCGUUACAUCCCGUUCACAAACACAUGGGACUUGGUCGAGCCCGCCGGAGACAAGUCUGCGACCUUUCCUGCUGGACGCAGCUACCACUCCAUUGCGUCUGAUGGUAUUGAUAACAUUUAUGUCCAUGCUGGCUGCCCGGAAAAGGGACGUCUGGCUGAUCUCUGGCGUUUCACUCUGACGUCCAAGAGCUGGACCCAGCUUCCUGACGCACCGCCGCCAGCGCGUGGAGGACCCUCAAUCACGUACCACGACGGCAAGCUCUAUCGGAUGAACGGGUUUGAUGGAAAGACCGAGCAGGGCGGGUCCGUAGACAUCUUUGACUGUGCUUCUCAGUCUUGGACUACGGUUGCUUUCGCUCCGGACGGUAUCAGUGGUCCUGAAUCCCGUAGUGUCUCGGCCUUGGUCACCGUAAGGGUCCAAGAGAAGACCCACAUUGUCACUAUGUUCGGAGAGCGGGACCCAAGCUCCCUUGGCCACGCCGGAGCCGGGAAGAUGUUGGCUGAUGUUUGGGCGUUUGAUCUGGAGGAACAGACGUGGGAAAAGGUCGAAACACAAGGUGAUCAUCCUGAUCCCAGAGGAUGGUUCGAUGCCGACGUUGCACAGAACUCCGUCAUCGUUCAUGGCGGGCUGGCGGAGGAUAACUCGAGACUUGGCGAUGUGUGGGAGCUGGGAUUUGUCUAG